AUGGCUCUUGCGGCAGGAACCCACCGACAUGCGUUUCGCCAGUCUUUCCAGCGAAUUCUCCAAGGUCUUCCACAUGAGAAAGGCGUUGUCCCAAUGAGUGAGAAAGCCGAGACAGGAACUGCCCCUCCGCAAGGAGAGGAGAAGCUCACCGUCAGUAGCGACACUGAUUCGGAAAAACUACAAGAUGGCGUGAAGCAGGCCAAGGCUGUGGCGGCAGCAUGGACCAAGACUGCUCUCGUGGGAGCAUACGUUGGGAUCUUCCUGGUGUUUUUCGUCCUUUCUUUGCAGCAACAGAUCACGGGGAAUUUGACCGCAUAUGUGACAAGCGCCUUUUCCAAGCACACCCUGUUGGCCACAACGACCGUAAUCUCCAGCAUCAUUAGCGCGGCCGUCAGACUUCCAGUGGCAAAGAUCAUGGACAUCUGGGGUAGGGUUGAAGGGUACUUGCUGAUGGUUUCGUGCUGCACUCUGGGUAAGCAACUCAUUGCCAAAAAAAAUCCAUAUAACGAACGCAACCGACCUUUACCGAUAGGUUUGGUCAUGAUGGCCUCUUGCAACUCUGUGGAGAUGUACGCCGCAGCACAGGUAUUUUACUGGGUCGGACAUAACGGCAUGGCCUAUGUCCUCGAUAUUUUUCUGGCAGACACUUCGAGUUUGAAGAACCGAGGCUGGCUGUUCGCCUUCUCGACCAGCCCUUAUAUUGCAACCACGUUUGCCGGGCCGGCGGCUGCUCAUGCGUUUUAUCGCUUCAGCAGUUGGAGAUGGGCUUUCGGGACUUUCUCGAUCGUAUUACCCCUUGCUUCCGCCCCAGUAGCCGGCAUCUUUUUUCAGAGCCGGAGGAAGGCGAUGGAGUUAGGAUACCUGGCCAAGAAGAGGAGCGGUCGAACCCUAAUACAAUCAAUAAAGCAUUACUUCGCCGGGUUCGAUGUUAUCGGGAUGAUAUUGCUCAUCGCUGCCUUCGCAUUAAUUUUGCUUCCAUUUAGCAUCUCCACUUAUCAAAGUGCAAACUGGAAGUCACCAGCGGUGAUAUCAAUGUUAGUCAUCGGAGGAUGCUCUCUUGCCGCCUUUGUUCUCUGGGAGCGGUUUGGUGCUCGGGUGUGUCUCGCGCCAUUCCAUCUCCUUGUCGAUAGAACGGUCGUCGGAGCGUGUUUGGUUACCGGCACCGUGUUUCUCAGUUUCUACUGCUGGGACGUGUACUUCCUGUCUUAUCUGCAGGUGGUGCACCGCCAAACAAUCCAGAACGCAGGAUACAUAGGAAAUAUCUACAGCAUCGGGACCUGUGUUUGGUCCCUUGCGACUGGGGCGAUAAUCCGUGCCACCGGCAGAUUCAAGUAUCUUGCUCUGGCUGCGAUCCCAUUGCAGAUGAUUGGAGUUAGUUUGAUGAUCCGGUUUCGGAAACCGGGGACAGACAUAGGGUUUAUUAUCCUAUGUCAAGUUCUCAUUGCCCUCUCCGGUGGUACGAUGGUAAUCUGCGAACAGAUUGCGAUUAUGGCAGCAGUCAGCCACGGAGAAGUGGCCGUCGCUCUCGCUCUUCUUGGGCUUUUCAGCAGCGUUGGAAGCGCGAUAGGACAGACGAUCGCUGGUGCCAUCUGGACCCAUACGAUUCCGCAAUACUUGAAGAUGUACCUCCCCGAAUCCGCAAAGUGGAAGGCAAUGGAGAUAUACAACUCUCUGGAGGAACAGCUGUCAUACCCGAUGGACUCACCAGAGCGCCAGGCAAUAAUGUCUGCCUAUGAAGUAGGCCAGCGACGGAUGCUGAUUGUGGCACUAUGUGUGCUGCCCCUGGCAAUGGUGUGGAUUUUAAUGUGGAGGGAUAUACAGCUGAAGAAUGUGAAGCGGGCUAAAGGAACGGUGUUUUAG